UUGUAGUGCAUUUUGGUUCACCGUCCUAAAAUUAGGAGAAAUGUCGGUACAGCAGAGCAGCAGCUGCUGGUAGUGCAGUGGAAGAAGCAGAGCAUAAAGUUUUUCGGUCCUAGCAAUGUGAAAUUUUUGGUGAAACAAGUGGAAAAAGAAUUUGCUACAAUUUAAUUACAAAUUAAAUUAUGGUUAAGUAGCCGCGAUGAACCGAAAAGCCAAAGAAUUGUGAAAAUCUAUUAGUUUGUGCAAAAAAGUGUGCAAAGUGCUCUAGCUGCAACAAAAGAAUAAAUGCAUUAAUUGAUAGUACAUACAUAUUUUAGCGCUAUAGCUACAUACAUCUUUGUGGCUCUAUUGAAAUUCUAGGGCAUAAAAUCCUCUUAAAAUAUUCAUAUGCACAUAUAAAUUAUCUAAAAAAUGGCGUUGACUGUAGUGAAAUAUAGAAAACCUGCGGCGGGUGAAAGCAGCGCGUCGGCGGCAGCACCAACACCACAUCCUGCGAUAUUGAUAAAAAGUAAAUUGCAACCAGAAUCGCAGUCGCAACAGCAACAACAACUUGCAAAGAAAUCUAUAAUAAAAUUGGGAACUGGCACAAAUUUGAUAAUCAAUAAAAUCCCAGCAACUAUAAAGCCUGCAAUUAUGAAGCGUAGCAGCACAUCCUCAAUUGAAACUGCAUAUAAAUCGCCCAAAUAUUCAUUGCAAACUAUUGCUAGCGCGGGCACGCCACUCACCAGCUUUCAAUGGCAGCAGACUAUUGGUGGUCCCGGGGGUACAACUAUUACAACUACACCAAGUAAAAAGCAGCAAAUUGGCGCUGCCAUUAGCUCGCUGCCGCCCAAUACAAUUAUACAGGCGACCGGCGGUGGCUCAUCAUCGCAUAGCAAUAAUGUCCAAACCAAUGGUGGCAUUGGUUCCACCAUUACAUCGGCUAGUAAUGCAACCACAUUUAAUGCGGUCACUUCGCUAGGCACAACCUUGCAGGUGCGUCGUCCCACUUUUGUUAUAAAACGGGAGCUACCCAAACGCACUAUACGCUGUGUAACGCUUGAAUUGAUUGAAAAAAAUCCAUAUGUACACUUGGGUGUGCUUUCUAAUCGUUUGCCAUUGCUGAAGAAUGUUAUCUGUACUACGGCUGAUGUGCCACUACUCGAUUGUUAUGUCACUCUUAAGAAGCUACGUCAAAAUGAGGAAUUCGCUUUACUAUCCGAAUAUUUUGAGCUAAGCGAAACUGAAGCUCAGCAGAUUUUUGCACGCACCAUUGUUAAGUUGGCUCGCUAUUUGCGUUAUUUGGUGCGUUGGCCCAACAGCAAAAAAUACUAUGAUCGUCAUAAAAAUUUGCCUUUUGCAUUUCGUCCAAAUUUAUCGCAUGUACAGUCGUUGAUAGAAUGCGUUGAGACGGAUAUCCAGCAGCAAAUUCAAAAUGAUUGUAGCAAUUACAAAUUUAUUCUAAGCAUUACGCCAAAUGGCAUUAUUUCAUACAUUUCCGAUGCUUUCGUCGGGCAUCAUGAUGAUUUGACUAUAUUCACUGCAUCAAAUUUUCAAAAUGUCAUACCGAAAUACCUUUCAUUGGUCGCCGAUCCCGGCAAAGGUAUCCGCCGCAAGCGAAAAAUGAAGCCCGUAUCGACAAACACCAACAACUCUUUGCAAUCGACUAGCAAUGCUGAAACCGAUUCUACAACCGAUUCAGCAGAUGAGUCAGCAGAAGAUAUAGAAAUAGAUGACGAUGAUGAUGGGCAAACACUCAGCCGAUAUGCCGCAUCGCGCGUGGCCGCUGAGUUGGCCUCCCACCAGACAAUGAGCAUUGUAAAUAGCGAAUUGACUUCGCGUAAGGUAAAAGACUUCACAAUUCCCACGAUGCGGGUGCGUGAGCCGGUAUGUCGUCUGCAAAUACGACACAUGAUCUACUGUCUGAGAGAAUUCAAAAUGCUGCAGCCAUAUGCCAUACAGGAGCCAAUUAUAUUUCAAUAUCUUAAUGAGGUAUUAACCGUAGCAGCUGCACUCACAAAUCUUCAGAGAUAGAAGUAUGGCGAAAAAAUGAUUGGAGCGUAGUUAGAAUAUCGGUUAAACAAGAAAGAAAAGAACGAUCCAAAUAAAUGACAGGCGUCUGCAGGUGAAAGUUUACUGCAACGCUUCUGAAUUUACGCUUAAUGGUUUAGAGAGAGUAGCUUGUCGAAACGCAUGCGUUGAUGGAAAAGGUAAAAUUAAGUGAAUUAUUUGAGAAA